GCGCGUUAGAUAACACGUGUCGAGGCGGCAUGGCGGCGGCUGAUGGCGGAGCGGAGGGUGGCGGAGGCUGGUGCUGCGUCUUCUCGCCCGGCCCGGCGCACUGCCUCGCUUCGGUGGCGGGGGAUGGCCGCAUCCGGGUCUGGGACACGCAGGCCGGUAGCCUGAAGCACGAGUACGUGCCUUCGUCGCACCUCAGCGCCACUUGCAGCUGCUUGUCGUGGGCUGUCCCGCGGCGCCUCCGCCAGGAGGUUCCUCAGAAGAAAAAGAGGAGAUCAGAGAAAGUGGAAGCCAGUGACGAAUUGGAUCUAUUGGCUAUUGGCACAGCAGUUGGUAGCAUCUUGUUAUACAGUAUAGUAAAAGGAGAACUACAGAGGAAGUUGAGUGAUGGACAUGACAGUAAAGUAAACUGUGUACGGUGGCAUCAAGAAAAUGAUUGUCUCUACAGCUGCUCAGAUGACAAGCAUAUAGUGGAAUGGAGUGUGCCGACAGGAAGAGUGAAAUGCAAAUGGAAAGCCGAGAGAGGUAGUGUCACUUACCUUUGUCUGAGCCCUGAUGGAAAGAUGUUGCUAUCAGCGGGUCGAGGCAUCACGUUAUGGAACCUGGAGACCAAAGAAGUGUACAGGAAAUUUACAGGUCACGCAACAGCAGUAUCAUCACUUAUAUUUGCAACGAUACGACCAUCUAAUGAUAGCCAGCCAUCAGAUGGAAUAACUGGCCUCUACUUCCUCUCUGGAGCUGUGCACGAUCGACUCCUUAAUGUUUGGCAAGUGCGAUCAGAUGGGAAGGAUAAGAAUGCGGUGCUGUCCUUCAUACUGACAGAUGAGCCUGUGUAUGUGGACCUGACCACUUCAGGUGACAGAGAAGAUCCAGUGAAGUUGGUGGUUGUCUGCCGGGAUGGACAGAUGCACUUGUUUGAACACAUCUUAAAUGGCUACUGCAAAAAGCCCCUUUUGCCGACCUGCACUUUGCAGAUAGCAACGUCGGGGAAAGGAAACGAUGUAAAGCCUAUUCCUAUCCUGGCAGCCACCUUCUGUUCGGACAGUCAGUCAGUGUUGAUAGCAUAUAACAAUCUGCUCCAUCCCAUCAUAGAAAGAGUGACAUUGAAUACCAAGGAAUCCCACAUUUGUCUGGUGAGAGAUAUACAGAUGACCAUGUCACUUUCAGUGGAGGAUGCUGUAAGAAAAGUAAAAACUCCAAUUGUAACACCUAAAGCUAAAGUGUUGGCACCUGGUAUUCCAGGCCAUGAUGCAAGCAUAAAGUCCUCUUUGAUGGAAUCGAGAAAGACUGAAGCUAAAAGGAAAAGCACAGAAAAUGAGCGUAGUAUUGAGGAGCGACUGUCUGUCAUGGAUAUCCAGGCAAAGAAGGAUAAAGGACACUUUCCACAGUCCGACAGCUAUGCUGUGUUGCUUGUACAGGGACUAGAAAGCAACGACGUAUCAAUUCUAAAUAAAGUACUCCAGACUAAUAAGGAUUCCUUGAUAAAGCCCACCAUCGCCAGGUUACCUGUUACUGCAGUAGUUCCGCUGCUUCAGGAGAUCACAAGGCGAUUGCAAGGCCGCCCUUGCGGUGCUAUUCUAAUGGUCCAGUGGCUAAAGGCAGUCUUCAUCCAACAUGCCUCCUUUCUAUCUUCGCUGCCUGAUCUUGUGCCACAACUUGGUGCGUUAUACCAGCUGAUGGAGACCAGAGUGAAAAACCUGCCAAAGCUCUCUCGCCUACAUGGCAAGCUUUUUCUUCUCAGUGCACAGAUUGCAGCAGCUCAGCGUGUGCAGGACGUAAGCACUGUGAACCAAACGACGAAAAUAGUUUAUGCAGAAGAGUCAUCGGAAGAUAACUCAGAAGAUGAAAACUCGGAAGACGAGUUGAUGGAAGACCAGGAAUCUGAUGUGAACUGGGAUGAGGAUGAGGAGGAGGAGGAAGAGGAAUGUGUGGCCAACCCAAAAAUGCAAAUUGAUAAAGAAGUUAGUGAAGAUUCUGGAGAGGACUUUCCUACAGAGAAUGAAAGUGAAGAGGAAUAAAACCAUUUUUUAAAGAAAAAUUGACUAUAUUGGCACACUUGGGCCAAUGAAUCUGACCCGGGCAUCUGAAUAUAUUUUUUUCCACCCAGAAACUCUUUAGUUUGGCAAACAGAUGACAGACGGCAGUCAAGAAUGCAUCCAGAACUCUGUGCACAUUGGAUUCCAAGGAAUUUGUGACUUUAUUGGUGGCACACAACUCGCAAAUAUAUAUUUCUGCAACCAUGUUUCUAAUGCAGGUCAUUUUUUUCAGACAUUUCUAUUUGGAGUGGUUACCACAGCCAGUAAUGUGGUAGUAACUCAUGACCAUUUGGAAAGGGGUGGGAGGUUGGACAGACAUCAGUCAUCUAAUCCAUGACUACUGCAGUGACAUUUUAACCUGAUGUGGGGAGCGUGGUUGAGGUUUCUUCUGGAUAUUUUGGUUCAGACUAGCUGCUUUCAGGUUAGUAUGUUACAGCUAUGUAGUCAUUAGCUGGUUGACAGAAUUAUGCAUAUUUGACUAUAAAUCAAUAACUUACAGCUAUUAAUGCUGUUUUCUCCUUUGUAUAGUGAAUAAACAUGAUUCUCCUUUAUAAGAUCGUGUUCUGUACUUUUUGUCUUUAGCAGCACUUAAUAAAAAUCCAAUUCCCUG